AAUAUUCAAGUUCUAUUUCUGUAUGUUCAGAAAAUAAUUAUUAAAUUUUAAAUAAAUUUUGGAUAAAAUUACAGUAAAAGUGAGAAAAUGUUAAAAAAUACUUUCUGCCACAUAUGCUUAUCCGUCAAUAGAAGGACUAUUAAUGUUUAUGAUACGGAUGCGCGGCACGUUUAUGAGAAACUCGCAAACUAUAAGAUGGGACCAGAGUUAUGUUGUGUAUGCUAUGUAUGUCAUACGCGACUACAACAGUUUGUCAGCCUUCAGAAAACAGCAAGCAGUAGCCAGUCACAACCUUUAGUUCAUCUUACAACACACAAUAUUGAAAAUGAAAGUAUACCGUACCAUGUUGUGUUAGCUAAAGAGGAGCCGCAGGAAUUUGAUGUACAGGAGAGAUAUUUUGAUUAUGAUGUCACAAUAAAACGAGAAAAAGAUAAUACAGAAUCUUUAGACUACGAAGAAAACAAUGGUUCUCAUUUUGAGGAACCCAAAAGUUGUUCAAUAUCUAAGAGAACUAGAAGAGAAAAAGCAACGGAACAAACAAAAACACCCAAGGAUGCUUUAUGUAGUAUUUGUGGCAAAACUUUUGUCAAUAAGUUUUCCUUAGCGACACAUGAAAGAACACACACGGGUGAGAAACCUUACACAUGUAACAUAUGUCAAAAAAAAUUCACGCUGGCCCACUCGUUGAGUGUACACAAAAGGGCCCAUGUAGGGGAAAAACCGUACAGCUGUGAGAAAUGCCAACGAAAAUUCAACACAAGUGGGUACUUGAUAAAACAUAUGAGAAUACAUACAGGUGAGAAACCGUACGCGUGCGAAACCUGCGGCGUGCGGUACCGUCAGAAAGGUGGACUGAUUAUCCACAAACGGAAGCACACAGGUGAAAAGCUGUAUGAAUGCCAGAUUUGUUCUAGAAGGUUUUAUGACAGCAGUGCUUUGGCGAAACAUAAAAGAUCACAUUCAGACGUCAGACCCUACGCUUGUGACGUUUGUGAUAAGAAGUUCCUGAGAAGUUAUACGUUGAAUGAGCAUAAAAGGAUUCAUAAGAAAAAGUAACUAAAGUUGUUUAAAGUUGUUAAGGUGCUUCCUCACCUUGAGCAUUCGCUUGUAAUGUAACGUUACAGAGUCGAGCAUUACAUCAGUGAUGGAGGAGAACCGAGCAUUAAUACUCCGAUAUAUAAUAAACCGAGCACCUUGUAAUGAUACAACGUGUAACAUCAAUGCUAUGUGACAGUGAAGUAAUAACUUGCCAUCUACGAAUAAUAAAAACUAAGGAAGAGUAACUCCGUCAA